CGUAGGGUGAAGGAGGCGCUGCAGGAAAAUGGCGGCGUCGAACAACCCGCGGAAAUUCAGCGAAAAGAUCGCGCUCCACACCCAGAAACAGGCCGAGGAGACGGCCGCUUUCGAGGAGGUGAUGAAGGACCUGAGUAUUACCCGGGCGGCAAGGUUACAGUUGCAGAAAUCUCAGUAUUUACAGUUGGGACAGGGUCGGGGUCAGUACUAUGGAGGCUCCCUUCCCAACGUCAACCAGAUUGGGAGCACCACUCUGGACCUCCCUUUUCAGACUCCGUUCCAGUCAACUACCUUGGACACGAGUAGAUCAACCAGACAUCAUGGCUUGGUUGACCGGGUCUACAGGGAUCGAAAUCGACUGGGAUCACCGCACCGCCGUGCCAUUCCUGUUGACAAACACGGGCGCCAGGCAGACAGCUGUCCAUAUGGUUCGGUCUAUCUGUCGCCCCCAGCUGACACCAGCUGGCGAAGGACCAAUUCAGAUUCUGCUCUACACCAGAGCACGAUGAAUCCUACCGCACAGGAUCCAUUUAAUGGGGGUUCCCAAGAAACGCAAGAGCAGCAUAAGCGAGUGUUAUUAUUAACGGUUCCUGGGAUGGAAGAGACUACGUCAGAGACUGAUAAAUCACUAUCCAAACCGCUGUGGGACAACAAAAAGUCUGUAUCAUCACGGCCGAAAUCAUGUGAAGUCCCGGGAAUCAAUAUUUUCCCAUCUGCAGACCAGGAAAAUACCACAACACUGAUGCCUGUUGCUCAUAACACCGGAGGAUCCCUGCCAGAUCUCACAACCAUUCACUUCCCGCCGCCUCUUCCUACUCCACUAGAUCCAGAGGAGUCAACGUUCCCAACCCUGAGCGGUGCAAACAGCACUGGAAACCUGGCAGCAAAUCUGAACCAUCUAGGCCUCAAUAGCAACAGCCAGGGCCUGACAUCAUCACAGCGGUCAUUGACAGGGUCUCUCCAGAACCGACAACCAACUGUGACACCCCUCACUUUACCAGUCAGCACAGACUCACGGAGACAACAGCUUCAACUAUCACCAGCUCUCUCCCCACUCUCUCCAAUCACACAGGCUGUUGCUAUGGAUGCAUUGGCAUUGGAGCAGCAACUUCCUGCAUAUCCAUUUUUCACGCAGCAGACUACGCAGCCACAGUCUCAGAGCUCCAGCAACCUGGCUCAGAGCUCACAGUCACAGCAGCAAAGUAGUGGCCAACAACAGACAGCCACAAUGCCACAAUCCCCUCCAAUGAACCAAACGCAGGCACCGAUAGGGAUGGAUAUCAGCACGGCUUCCCUCCAUCAGUACCGCAGUAAUGCUGGAUCUCCAGCCAACCAGUCUCCCACCUCCCCUGGAUCCAAUCAAGGCUUCUCUCCAGGCAGCUCCCCUCAAACAUCCAUACUUGGGAGUGUCUUUGGAGAUUAUUAUGAUCAGCAACUCACAAACAGACAAGCCAACUCCCUGUCUCAUCAGCUUGAACAAUUCAAUAUGAUUGAGAGCCCGAACAGCACCAACAGCUUGUACAGCCAAAUCUCCACUUUGAACUACUCACAGGCGGCAAUGAUGGGGCUGACAGGGAGCCAUGGAAGUCUGCAGGAUUCACAGCUCAGUUACACCAAUCACGGAAAUAUCCCCAACAUCAUUCUAACCGUGACAGGAGAGUCUCCCCCCAGCCUGACAAAGGAGCUGACCAAUUCGCUUGCAGGUGUUACAGAUGUGACCUUUGACACCGACUCCCAAUUUCCUCUUGAUGAACUAAAAAUUGAUCCCUUAACAUUGGAUGGUCUGCACAUGCUGAAUGAUCCGGACAUGGUGCUGACAGACCCUGCUACAGAGGAUACUUUCCGCAUGGAUCGUCUGUAGAAAAGGACACUGAGACCUAAGACAAAUCAGGGAAGCAGGCCAAAAACCCGCCAGGGAGCGGAAAUUGAGUGAACGAGUGCAAUUGGUGGAAUGAUGUUAAAGUGAGAGCGUAACGUGCAAUGAAUUCCGCUUCUUGUUCCAAGCUUGCAACUCUGCGAUCCUGAAUGAACCAAGUAUAGCGCUUUCAGCUAUGUGGCGCACUCCUUCAUUGCAGCGUUUCAUUGACUCCAUCACAUCCCCGGGCCUCUUGUUUUAUUUUCCGUUCUCCUAUUUAUGUUGUCCUCGUGGUAACGGUGGGCUGUCAGUGCAUCGUUAUUAUUGGCAGGUUUACAUGUAAUUUGGAGUCUACCUAUGAGGUAACAACUGACAGUAAAACCUGGCAGCUCCAGGCCAGCAGUACGGUGAUGUUAUUAUUUAUCCUGAACUCACCAGUCUGACACUUCUUUCAGUGCGCUGUUGCCAUUGUAUUUUCUGUGCUGCUCGAUUCUUAUUUAUAUUUUUAUAUUUGUCGGUGAUUUCUUUCUCCUGCCCCAUUCCUUUUCACUGUGCUUGUGUUCAGCAAAAGCCACUGCCUUGUUGUAUGUUGCUAAGAAAGUGAACAAGAGACUGAUCUGACACAAGAGCUAAGUGCAUGGACAGAAAUUGUAUUACAGCCAAUAUUUAGAGGGGCAUGCAUUCUUGCUCCUGUUUGUGUCCCUUUCUUUUAUGUUUUUCCAUCAGAUUUUAAAAAAGAAUGUUGACAAUGUGUGCCAGUUGGAGAUUAGUUUGCUGCCAGCUCCUUCCACAAGAAACCAAAUGUUCUCACCUCCCUCUGCUCAGCUGUUCCAAUUCUCGGUCAGUCCCACCAGUCCUGUCAAACUGCGGAUGGCUCUAUAAAUGCCCUCUCUCCAACAGGCGCACAUCCCUUCUGUCCAGUGUUUGUGAAGUAUAUGUGCUGUUAAGCUGCUUAAAAGCCUCUCCCUAUGUGGCACUCAUUCAGUCUCAGCCCUUACAGCCAGCCGUUGUGUGGCCAACAACACUCACUGUAUUUCACAGUUUAUCUCUGGCCAUUGAAGUGAGAGAGUGCAGAAAUACUCAUUUGAUAUUAGGAAGGAAAGGCUCAAUGCCAGCUUCUGAAGGGAUGUGCGACAAUGAUGCUGCCCAAUGAACUUUUCACCAUCUUUGCUGCAGUUCUUAGUUCUGAGAGUGGAUAGGGAGAGCUAUCACUAACACUAUAUGCUGUGGAAUCUGUUCCCAGCACAUCCACUACAAGUCAGGACUCUGUCAAACUUUACCUGCACAAGUGAAUUAACUUGCACAACAGAAUCACAUUUAAGUUCAAGACGCUAAGCUGGUACUGGCCUAUCAAGCCACAUGUCAUUUCUGGCAAACUUGCUCCCACUAAUGUUUCUUAAAAAGAACACUAAAUGGACACUGUAACCUACAGACUUCAUAUAAAGUCCUGAGACUAUUUUAUCAGCCUUUGCUGGGCAGAUUAAUGAUGUAGCAAGAUCUGUCAGUAUUAACAAGUACAUGUUAAACAGCAGGUGCAGCAAGAAAUUAGGAAAGCAAAUUGCAAAGGGACUGGAGUAUGGAAUGAGAAAUCUUUGCUGCAAUUGUAUAGGGUAUUAGUAAGGACACAUCUAGAAUAGUGUGUACUGUUUUAGUCUCUACACAAAAAAAAAAUGUAGUUGCAUUGAAGGUAGUGUAGUGAAAGUUUACUGGACUGGUUCCUGCAUUUGAGAAGUUUGGCCAGUUAUGAGAGGAUGAGUUGAAUAGAUCUGCUUUCUCUGGAAUCUAGAAGAGUAAGAGAUGAUCUAAUUGAAACCUGUGAGAUAAUGAAGCACCCUAACACUGAAAAGUUGUUUCUCCCUGACUGGGAAAACUAGAACAGAGGGAACCAGUUUCAGGAGACAAGGCUUAACGUUUAGGACUUGGAUGAGAAAUUUCUUCCUGCAAAGGAUUGUGAAUCUUCCAAGUUCUCUAUCUCAAAGGGUUGUUGCUUCUUUAUUAAAUAUACUUAAGAAUGAGGUGGAGAAAUGUUUGAGCUCUCAGGGACUUGAUGGACAUAGAGAGAGGUUGGAAAAUUGGAAUUGAGGCAGCAAGUUGGAUAUGAAUCAUUUAAAUGACAGAGCAGUCUUGAUGGGCCACGUGAUCUGCUGCUGUUCUACUUGUGUCUUUGUGUUCUCUUCCUCUGUUCUAGCCCUAAUGAAGCAAGUGCAUGCACCUCGCACACACCCCAACAUAUUUGGAUUAUUCCUCUGUCUCUGUGGCUGCAGUACUCGAGAAUAUAUUCAACCCGCUAAAUGGAAGUUAUUUUUCUUCAAGUUAUAUAUCCUCUCAUGUAGGGAGUUCAGAACAAAGUGACAAAACAAUCUCACAAUGACAGCCAUACUGUUCAGCAUGAUGUCAGGAAGCACUCCUUCACAUGAAGGGGAGUGGGAAUCUGAAACUAAACUCCCCUCAAAUCAGUUGGAGCUUUCAGGACUGAGGUUGAUUUGUUUUAAUUGGGCCAGUGUAUCUAGGUGUCUGGGAAAUAGAUUUAGGCUAUUGAUCAGUUAUGAACUUUUCCUUCUUAAUUAUUGGGAUGUAAACAGCAGAAUAGCCUGAGGGGCUGAAUGACCAUAUGCUGUUUCACUGUUCCUACAUUACUACAAGGUAGAUUUUGAAAUUCUGAUAGCUGUUUGUGUCUGGAUCAGCAUCUGAUAACAAGAUUGAUCAGUGGCACAACAGCUGAGAGUCCAGUGACCUUUUAUGUAGCUUGAAUAUUCCUACCUUGAUACAAUAUCUAGAAACAAACACUGAGCCCAACAGUUUGCAACCUUGUUCCAGUCAGGACAGUCUUCCCACCCUGGGUAUGAGUGUCCAGGCUUCUGCUGGUACCUGCCAACACAAUACUGCACCUGUAGGAGAUGGCAGCAUGUGCUUCUGUGUGUCUGCAUGCUUCCUGGAGCUAGGCCAUGCCUGGAAUGUUGAGUGAAAUUUAUAAUCACAGCCAGUACUACUCUGAGCUCUUUAUUGUACAGAAUAUUUAUAAUUUGUUAGGCAUUUGAUAGUUGCCUCAUUUGAUGUCAGUAUAGUGUUGAUUCAGAACUUUGUAAUGGGGUAAAUCUAAGCAGUCUGUAUCAUGAGAGGUCCUUUUCUUGAACUUUAACAUUUUAGUUUACAACUAAAUCAGGUUAAUAAUUCAUUAUAUUUGAACAUUUAAUACUGUUCCAAAUUUGAAAUGUUGGUGGUUCUUAACAUGCAGAACUUAUGUCCCCACUUGAUGUCCAAAAUUAGGAGUAUGAGGCAUGGGUUAAGGAAAAUAUAUAAAAUGGUUGAUAAAAUAAUAUACAGAUAUAAAGUUUUUAAACUAUAUAUUUCUUUUCAUUUCUAACACUGCAAAUCAAGCACUUUUUACAUCAUGUGCAUUCCCUGCAUGGAUUGUAUUUGUUCAUCCUUUUCAUAGUUUCCCACUGUACUUCCCUUGUGACAAAGAGUCUAAAUCAGUGAAAGUGUUGAGUAUAAAGUUUUCUGAAGAAGGGUCCCGACCCAAAACAUCAGCUGUCCCGUUCCUCUGAUGGUGCCUGGCCUGCUGUGUUCCAACCGGUUCCAUACUUUGUUAUAUCUGAGUAUAAACUUCCUGUUUAAUUCAGUACUUUAAAGCCAGGUUCUUCUUGGUUGUAUUUGCAAAUGCAGUGACAAGUAGGACAGGUAUAUCAGGAAUACAACCUUAAUGAAGAGCUGCGUUAAUGCAGUGCGGGGAGAGAGCUGCGUUAACUCAUACCCCUGUGCAAGGCUUACUUUUGGUGUGUUUUUGGAUACCUGUUGGAUGUCUUGCUGGGAUCUGUGAGAGGAUUAAUCCAGAAUCAUGAACUAUUCUUGUUCCUUGAUGCUCUUGUGCAAGUAAUAUUCAGACUUGUUCUGAUUGCUGCUGGAGUCAUUUAGGCUCUUGUUCCCUAAUUUUCUUGUUCCUGCAGAUCCUGAGGUUGAGCAGCCAGGAAAAAGAGAGAGAUUCUAGACAUUCUGCUUGUAGUGAGUUGGAUGUUGUCCACACUGUAUUAGUGUUAUUGAUGCUGCACAGAAUGGAUGUUGUUGCUAAGAGAACGUUGCUUAUGUGAAGACGUUGAUUUUGUCUUCACACCCUUUACCCCUGCCUGGACCUGACAUUGGAGAAUCUGAGAGAUCUUCCCAGAACUUGCAUGCAUUCGAGUGAAUACAAACAUCAACCACACGAAUUGCAUAAAAUCAGAGCCCGUUUGUAAUCUGAGUAAUGAACUAGUAUAGAAGUGUGUGUGUGUCUGUCUGUGUUUGGGGGCGUGGGGAGAUGCCAUAUAAAUAAGUUGUAUAGUUCAAAAGAAUCUUCAUGUACAAAAAUUUUCUUCAGAAAUUCUUUUUGGCCUAUCUUUAGAGAGCAAUUUGGUGACAGUACAGUCGUUGGUGUUUGUGGAAGAGGGCUGAGAUUGUGAUGUGGAAAAGUUGGAGAUUUCCGGUGUCUGUACUGUUAAGGGAUGGAGAAGAGCUAAACUCGCAGGUUUAAUCAGGAGUUAAGAGGUUAAUUUGAUGGCAUUAUUGGGACCUGCAGUACCUAUUAUCAAAGGGCAUAUUUUACUUGAUCAAACUGCCAUGCAUAAAAUUGUUGAUAUUACGCAAGACCAUAAGAAAUAAGAACAGGAGUAGGCCAUUCAGCCCCUCGAGCCUGUUCCGCUCUUAAAUGGGAUCGUGGCUGAUCCAACAUUCCUCAAGUCCACUUUAAUACAUUUUCCCAUAAACCUUGAUUCCCCCUACUGAUAAAGAAUCUAGCUAUCUCAAUCUUAAAUAAACGCAAGGACUCUGCUCCCACAACUCUCUGCGGCAAGUGGUUCCACAGACACUCAGCCCUGAGAGAAGAAAUUCAUCCUCACUUCAGACAAAUUGGUGCCCUUUUAUUCUGAGAAAUGCCCACUGGUCCUAGACUCUCCCAUGAGGGGGAACAUCGUUUCAGCAUUUACCCUGUCAAGUCCUUGAAGAAUCCUGUAUGUUUCAAUGAGAUCACCUCUCAUUCUUCUAAACUCCAGUGAGUAGAUCCCAAUGUGUUUAAUCCUUGCUCAGAAGACAAUCCCUCCAUAGCAGGGAUCAUCCCAGUGAACCUUUCCUGAACUCCCUCCAUUGAAAUGGUAUCUUUCCUUAAAUAAUACAACUGGACUAUUCUGUACAGAUAUUAACACAAGAGCUAGAAAAUAGUUAUAGUGAUUGGGGCAGGAGAUGUAGGGAAGAGGGUUGAGUAGGAAUGGUGAUGACGAGCAAAUGUCUGAAAGUAGUGGAAGCAGAGUUGAUAAAAAAAAAUCACAUGGACACUUCAUGGACUUUGACUCACGGCAUCCAACAGAUAAUGAGAGUGCGAGUGCUGUGUUGGACAUUGCACAAAAGAAGCAAAGAGCUUGUACAACCUCAAGGUGUUUUGCAAUCAGUAGUUGAUUUAAAUAGCCAAUGCUGUGCGUGCAACGGGGAGUGGAUGUUCUACGGUGUGAAUGCUCUUUGGAUAUUGGAAUAGCACUAGAGGGAGGAAUAGACCUAACAAUUUGCACUAAGCGUAACAUCUGUGAUUUAGAAAAGUAUGGGGAAGUAAUGAAACAGUGCAGAUUCAGUUAUGGAAAAUCAUAUUUAACUAAUUUACUUUGAAGUGAUGUGUGUUUUCAUGGCAAUCCAUUUGAUGUUGUUUAUGUGGAUUUUCUGAAGGUAUUUGAGAAAGUUGCACAAAAUAGAUUUUUUAGCAAAAUUAAAGUCCAUUGGAAUAAAGAGACAGAGGCAGAACGAUUCAAAAUUUGCUUAGGAACAAAAGCAGAAUGCAGAGAUGAGCAGUCAUUUUUCAGUUGCGGGUUUGGGGGUCCAAGCUAUUGCCCAGAUCUUUGUUAAUGAUUUAGGUGUGCAAUGCAUAAUUUUGUAAUUUGUAGUUGACAUGAAAAUCACAAAGGUUGCAAACAAUCAAUGGAGUAGUAACUGAGGAAGGUGACAUGAGGAGACACAUGGCAGAUUAAACCCAAUGCGCAGAAGUAUGAUGGGGAUACCUUUUGGAAGAAAGCAAUACAAAAUUAAAGGCCUGUGUGUAUGUGUAUGCAAUUCUUUGAAGGUUACAGGCAAUUUGAGAUGUCUUUUUUAAAAAAGCAUACUUGGGUCCAUGGCAUUGUUGUUAAUGGAACGUGGAUGCAAGGAAGUGAUGCUAAAAUGUUAUAAACGAAUUGUUAGGCCCCAGUAUGAGGAGCAUAUUAAAUUUUGGAUUCCGCUCUUUAGAAAGGAUGCCUAAGCCUUGACAAGGAAUUACAGGUGAUUUUCAGGAAUGAGGGACUUUACUAGUUCAUGUGAAGAGACUGGGAUUGUACUGUUCACAGCAGAGGAGAUUAAGGGAGACUGAAUAGAAAUGUUCAAAAUUCUGGAUGAUAUGACAACAGUAAAUAAAGAAAAACUGUGUGCAGUGGCAGAAAGCAGCUCAUCGCUUCUUGAUAAAUUAACAACAGUCAGAAUGGAUUUUAAAAAGGAUAGCUCUUGCUUGACCAACCUGUUGAAUUUAUUGAGCAGAUGUUAGACAGUAGAUGAUGGUAAUCAGCAGAUUGAUUUAUCUGGAUUUUCAAAAAGCCUUUGGUACAAAACUAAUAAAUAAUGUCAGCACAUGUGGAGUCGGGGACAAGUAGCAGAAUAGAUGCUGGCUAGUUUCAAUACAAGCAAAGAGUGGGAGUAAAGGGUAAUUAUUCAAAGUGAUACUCCACAAGGAUCAGUGCAUGGGAGCGUUGUUGUUCACAAUUUACAUCUAGGACUAUGGAUCAUUGUUAAAAAAAAUAAGGGGUCACCCAUUUAAGACAGGUGAAGUGUUUUUUUCUCAGAGGUUGAGUGUCUUUGGAAUUCCCUUCCUCAAAAGGCAAUGGAUGCAGAAUCUUUAAAUAUGUUUAAGGCAGGGAUAGAUAGAUCCUUGAUACUGAAGGAGCUGAAAUAUUAUUGGCAAGAUGCAGGAAUGUAGGAUUGAGGUUAAAGUCAGAUCAGCCACAAUCUUACUGAAUGAGACAGAAGGCUGAGUGGCCUGUUCUUGUUCCUUGUUUUGUAUGUGAACACUUUGGACUUCGAAAUCAAAAAUGCAAUUUCUAAAUUUUUGGAUGACUCCAAACUAAAAGAAAAGUUAAUACUUGGGCAGAGGGUAGCACGUUACAUUGGGCAUUAAUAAAAGUAUCAAAUGGGAAAUUAUUGGCAAAUGAAGUUUGGUGCAAUUAAAUGAUUGAGAUUAUUUUGGUAAGAAGGAUUGGGAGGUCACUGUUACUAAUGUCAGAAGAGGAAUAAAGGGAUCUUGGAGUGCAAAGGUAUUAGUCACCAAAAGAUGCGCUACAGGUAGCAAGGUUAUAUUUUAACAAAAAGCUUCAGUCUUUAUUUCUAGAGGAUAGAAAUGAAAGGUCAGGAAGAUAAUGCUAAAUCUGUUUUGAACUUGGUUCAUCCGAGUGUAAUGUGUGGGUCUGAUCACCAUGUUAUGAAAAGGAUACAAAUAAAUUGUAGAGGUUGCAAGUAGAUUUCCAAGGAUGGUGCCAGAAAUGAGUUUACAAAUCAGGAAAGUAUUGACAGGCGUUGGGACCCUUUUGGCAAGGAAAAAAGGCUGAGGAAUGACCUAAUUGAGGUUUUUGAAUGAUGAAAGGUUUUGGCAAGUGGAUCCAGAAUAUUCCUUCCUGUGGGAAAGAGCAGAACUGGAGGCUGUGAAGAUAAGAUCACCGCCAACAAAUCUAAUAGGAAAUCAGAAGAAACGUCUUUGCCAGAGAGUAGAAAGAACGUGGAAGCAUUUGGAGCAGUUGUUGAAGCCUAUAUGAGAAGUUGGACAAACAAAUGAGGGACAAGGGAAUUGAGUGGGAUGGGUUUAGACGAGAAAAGAUUGGAGGUGGCUUGAGUAGAGCAGAAAAACCAGCAUAGAUCAUUUUGGGUCAGAUGGUCUGUUUCUGUGACAUGUAUCGUUUGCAGUUUGGGAUGGACAGUAAUUGCUGGUCUUAUAAUUUUUUAACGUCAUACGUUUUUUUUAAGAAUUGUCAGUAAUCAGUGGGCGUAGAUUUAAGGCAAAAAUAUGGUGACAUUGAGGAGACAUCUCUUUAUGUAAUUAAUUCAAAAAUGAACCUGUUAAACGCAAAAGGAAAAAGAUUACAGGGCAAAUGGGAAAGAGAAGGAGUGGAAUUAGUCAAAUAGACCUGCCAAAGAGCUGACACAGGUAGUGUGGGCUAGAUGGUUUAUGCAUUGUAUCAUGCUACCAAAGCCUGGCUGCUGGUUACAGAUUAGCAGGUUGCCUGCUGAUGUGGUCCUUACAAUCAUAUUCAGGCUUUCCCAUUUCUUACUCCACACCCACCCAGCUAUAACGUGUACCACACUGUUUCCAGUGACUGGUGUAGUUGGACAUUAGCUGGAAUUCUGUUUCUUCAAAGCUAUAUCAUGUCCUGUGAAGGUUUGUUUUUGAGAUUGUUGGAUGCUACCCAGAAAAUUCUAGGUCAAAAAUUGCAGUUGUGUAUUUUUCUACUUCAGUAAUUACUGUGUAUCCACUGCCAGGAAUGAUACCAUGCAGCAUAUGUGGAAUUGCACUGCCAAGGAUUCUUCUAUGCAAGGUACCGUGCCUUACAGUGCAUUACCGUGCAGUGCAAGAGCUAAUACUGGUAUGUCCCAUGCAACACCGGGAAGAGCCAAGUGUGCCUUUAACCUGGAAGCUGUGGAUUAUACCAGGGUAUUCUGUUACAGAAAGUAGUUAAUUUCUCACCCUGCCUGUGGCAUUCUUUGGGUUUGCUUUCUCUUGAGUUCAUGGCAACCUUGAUGUGUAUUUGCUGAUUCUGUUGUUCAGUUUAAAGCUAUCAUUGUAUUUCUUUGAUCUGCAAAGGAUCAAUGUAAAUUAAGGAGCCUUGAUCAUGAAACAAUUCUUACUACAGUCCUCAGUCACUAUUAGAAAUCCACAGCGCAAUUCUUCACAUUAGAUACUAAACUAUUUUGCUUUUGUAUGUUGAAAAUUGGAAAAGAUUCUUAUGCUGUAAUCUCUCUGAAAUUUCUUGGCAUAUUUUAAACCCUAUUUAGAGGAUUACACCUAAAAAAUCAGGGUGCAAGAUUGAACAGAAGAUGUAAAAUCAUUUGGUGUUCCUUUUUGAUUGGGUUUUUAGAUUAGAUUUUGGGCCAUGAGGUAACUUACAGUUGGUCUAGACUUGAGAAAUUGAAGCUUUUCUCCUCAUCUCCAUUUCUUCAUAAAAUAUGGCAUUUCAACCAAAACUUCUCACUAGGAUUUCUGAUCUUUGUGAAUGGAUGUUUAUGAAAAUGAACCAGAAACGGUACAAACCUCACACAGAUGCUCAGGUAGUAGAAAACAGUCAUUGAUGUCAACUUUUCUUGCCUUAAUUCUAGAUGUAUUCUUUAUUUUAACCUUUUUUAAACCAUCUGUACUAUCAGGAGCCCGCAUAGUCACUUUUAUGCUGAGAAAUCUCUCAAUAAGAUGAAUGCUCAUUGAGGACCUUUUAUAAUCACAUCACCCUGAAAUAUUGACUCUUGCUGAGAGAAAAGAGACCUGCUGUCAAAGAUUUUCAUUUUGAUCAAGGAUGUCAAAAUUUCAAUAAGAACCAUUUAUGCUGCAUGUGAAAAGGGGCCUAAUUGGUUGACAAGUUAGCUGAUCAAUACAUUGCCAUGGAGAAUGCAUCAUUAUCCCAACACUUUUCCUUAAUUUUUUAAAAGGUACAAUGCCUGGGCUCAAUUAUUUUUCUUGCAUCAGUCCUGAUGCGUGCAGGAUGAGAAGCCUUGACAGUAUGUUCCUUUUUCGACAGUACUUGAGCACUACAUAACAAAGUGAUAAUUGAAAUGAUUAUUCAGGUUAGGAUACACUUGCUUGACUUGGAGAUAACCUCAGAUUUCCCUAUCUGCUCAUCCAUCUUCCAAAUUAGCAGGUAUAUGCACCAAAGCUUGAGCAAUUCACACACUCUCAGACUCAGAAAAUUGAUAGGCAGCAAAACUUGUCUUUCCAUGGAGAUACAGCAAAGCAGCUUCCCCAAGAAUGUCAUUUUAAUCAGAUUCCGCCCACGAAUCCGUCAACAUUUAUUUAUUUUUCUGAUGUCUUGGUUUUUAUAAAUAAACUUGGAAAUUUUGAAGUGGAUUUCAGGUAUAAUGCAAACCAUAACUUGUACUGACUGACUGUCAAAGGAUCUUCAUUUUAACUUGUAAAUGUUUUUUAAAGGUUAUGUUUGUGUGAGGCUUCUGUCUUUGUAAAUGAAAUGUAAUUAAAGUUCAACAGUUUUCUGCUCGAA